CGGGAAAGCAGCGACGCCAUGUCGACGCCAACGCGCUGGCCAAGGAGGAUUGGACCAACCUUGUGAGGACCUGACGUCACGCUCACAGCACCUUCUGCUUGAGCAUGUCCCUUGAGGAUGGCAUAGAGUCAGAGUCUCCAUCUUCGGCGCGGAAUCCAACCAAACAGACGGAUGUGCUACGCCUGAGGUUCACCCCGUGGAGUAUAUCAACGUCGACCUGCAAUUAUCACCACAAGCGACAUAUUGGAGACCGAGAGGGCAACCCGACGCGCGAGUGGAUUGUUUGGGAGGCGCUGCCGAUGAUUGAAGUGGCCAGAGCGAAACUUGAGGAGCUCCAAGCAAGGAACGACCAUGGGGGCCUUGAACAUGUCCAACGGCCUUCGAGCAUCGAUUCCAUCGAAAAGUCGAAGGAGAAGAUCGGCUCCUCUCAAUGGAGUGCCAUUGGGAUAUGGAGCCACGAGACAGAGUCGAUAGAUCAGAGUUGGAGAAAGCCGGACGCGUCGCGUCGUUUAGCGCGUCACGUACCUAGUAAUCAAACCGCCAGAAUUUCCAAGCACCCGUGGACUCCAGCACCCAACCUUCAUCAAAAUUCCCUAUUGUCAUCAUUGUGCCAGCUAUUGAUUGUCUGCUCUUGCUCCUGUAUACGACCUCCAACCUUCUUAGCUUCCGAGAAUUGUCUGCUGGGACUUGAGACUGGAUGUGACCCCCCCUCGGACGCUCUCUUCUUCCCGACUUCUUUUCUCCCACAUGCGGGCCCUAGGACCCCAGGACCACGCAGCAGCCUCUGACGACGACAUCUCCGAGCAGGAACCGUGAAUGCUAAGGCGCA